AUUUGCCACUAGUUAAAAUCACACCUGGUGAAAGGGAAUAAGACUAGGAAUAUUAAUAUUUAAAAAAAAAGAUGAAGUUCUUAUUGCUCAUUUCCAUAUUCGUGGCCUGUGCUGCCCACUGCUUGGCAUUAAAAAACGUUGAAUGUGGCUUACCACCUUUUUUGGAUGGCGAUGGAAUAUUUGCUUGUAUGGCAUAUAUGCCUAGUUGGAGUUAUAAUUUAAAGACAAACGAAUGCGUUAGGUUUAUAUAUGGAGGAUGUGGCGGCAAUAAAAAUCGUUUUGAAAGCAAACAGGAAUGUUUGGCCAGAUGCAAGGAAUGAAGCAAUAAGGACUAUAAGUUUAUAUUAUUUAAUUAGCUUAUUCCGACAAUCCAUAAUAAAUUUUGCAAUUAAUGCAAUUGGUUUUUGUACUUUAAUAAAUUAAAGAUAUUAAAUAAAAGAAGAUAAACGAGAAUUUGGUGUCGACGAUAAGCAUAAUACUUCGU